AGGGAAGACGGUAUUUGACACUUGUCCCUACAUUUCUAUAUAUGCUUAUCACUGGUAUCCACAACAAAUCAACAGACAUAGGUUUGAUGGGAAGAGCGGGGAUACAAUCCAACUCCCUGAAAGGCUUUUGGCGGUUUUUCCAGAGAAUGCGACUUCAGAAGAAAGCUGUAGGUUUGUGCAGUUUAUUGAGUACAGCAGCCAGCAGUGGUUCCUUACAGGAGGGGAAGAAAGUGCUUUAAAUAACAAGAUUUUAUCAGUGAGUGUGAAAGGUAACUUCUCUUAUCAGCUGGCUGAAGACAACGAGGUUGUGUAUAGGAUUAAGGCAGCCGGAGGUCGCAUUGUACCACGCAUGUCACUGUGUCUUCUGUGGAAUAUGGCAUCAGAAAGAUGGCUGUCAAACGGUCCUCUGUGCAGAUUGGUGUCAGACACAACAGAGUAUGUGGAGUGUGCCUGCUCCCACAUGUCAUCCUAUGCUGUGUUUGCUCACACUGACGACCUUUCAUCCUACAAUGAAGCCUUUUUUUUUGCUGGAUUUAUUUGCAUUUCUGGGUUUACUUUAGCCAUCCUCUCCCAGUUAUUCUGUACUAGGUCCUCCAUGUUUGCAGCUAAGCUCCUAACACAUAUGAUGGUGGCCUGUUUAGGAACUCAGAUCUCCUUCCUGGCCUCUGCAUACAUUAGCCGACAGCUCUCCAAUGAUAGCUGUGCUGGUCUGGCAGCUGUCACACACUAUUUUUAUCUCAGCCAGUUCUUUUGGAUGUUUAUUCAGGCAGUAAACUUCUGGUAUACUCUUGUGAUAAAUGAUGAACAUGCAGAGAGGCGCCAUUUGAUCUUCUUUAUGCUUGGAUGGGGACUUCCUGCUGUUGUUGUUGUCCUGCACUUGGUCAUCCUUAAAAGCCUCUAUCAUAAAAGUAUGACUGACAUUUAUGGACUGGUCCAUGGAGACAUGUGUUUCAUUCCAAAUAUCUAUGCAGCUCUUUUUACUGCAGCACUUGUGCCAUUAGUUUGCCUUGUGGUUGUGCUUGUGGUUUUUAUUCAUGCAUAUCAAGUCACACAACAAUGGAAAGCAUAUGAUGAUGUGUUCAGAGGGAGACCCAAUGCCACAGAGAUACCCCUGAUCUUGUACUUGUUUGCUCUUAUAUCUGUAACCUGGCUUUGGGGUGGGUUACAUGUGGCUUACAGACACCUUUGGAUGUUGGUUCUCUUCAUAAUUUUCAACAGCCUUCAGGGUCUCUAUGCCUUUGUAGUUUACUUUAUUAUGCACAAUCAGCUGUGCUGCCCGGUUAAAGCUAGCUACAGCAUCGAGGCGGAUGGACACAGAAGCCCAGCCUCUGCCUUUUUUACACCCAGUAGUGGGAUGCCGCCAGCUGGAGCUGAGAUCAGCAAAUCCACUCAGAACCUCAUUAGUGCAAUGGAAGAGAUUUCCACAGACUGGGAGCGGUCUGGCAGUCAGGAAAAGCACAGCCCUCAAAAUGGUACAGCUUACACCCCGUCAGGAGGGUACAGUAAUGGUUCAUUGGUCGCUGAUGAAGAACUUCAAGAAUUUGAGGACUUAAUAUUUGUGUUAAAAGCUGGGUCAGGUAUGAACGUCAGUGACACUGAGUCCUGCCAUGGAAGUCAAGAUGGAAGCGGUAUGGCAAAUUCACAGAUUGUGGAACUCCGGAGAAUUCCCAUAGCUGACACUCAUCUAUAGUUCCUUUUUAAUACACAUUUUUUAUAUUUGUUCUUUUUAUUGCACUAGACUUUUCAGCUGUAGUUAUUAUAACUUAUGUCCUAAAGGGAAACCUUUUGUAAUUGAAUAAAGUAUUGUAAUGUAUUUUUAAUUGAAGAAGCUGGUCUUGAAAAUAAGCUCAACAAACAAAAUAAUGAGAAAUGUAGACAAUUAACAUUUUAGUAACCAAUUUACUGUA